CACCAUCGUACGCGUCGUACCCACACACAUUCAUUCAUUCAUUCAUCUAUUGUCACCCAAUCUACCGAGAAACGUUGUGAGAUCCAUUCCGUACGAUCUACAAGCUCGACCGACCUACAACCAUCGCACGCAAUUCACUGUCAGUGACCUCGCAGUCAGAGUCCCACUUUGCUCGUUCGCUACACAUACUCGAUCGACGCCCAGCCACAAAACGGAACGUUUCUGUUGGUCCUUGGCCCAUUCGAUUCUACAGAUAUCUCCACUGGUUUGACAAAGUGUGAAUUGCCCAACAUGAGAACAGUAUUUACACUUUUUCUUUCCGCAACCUUGCUCGGCCGUUGGCUAGCGGCUGCUUCGGCACCCGUCCCGAACGUCCAGGUCACGCUCCGCGGCAAAAAGUACGACGUCACCGACGUGCGCACGGUCCAGGACUUGCAGGAUCGCAUCGAGGAGGUUUCGGGGAUACUGGCGCCGCAGCAGGGACGGGUACUCUUUGACGGCAAACGAUUGGAGUCGACCGAUGUAUUGGCCGAUGUGGGUGUCGCGGACGGCGCCCAACUCAAUAUAGUGCCUUCCAGUAAGGCCGCGGGGAAAGUCAAAAAGACCGCGACCACCACCGAAUCCAAAACCGAUUCCGCCGCCAUGAUGGAGGAUUACCUGAGACAGGCCGGGCUGGAUGGGGACAAGCUGGAUGAACUCAUGAAGGGCAUGUCGGGAUCGGAUGGGAAAGUACCUUCCAUGGAAGAGAGUUUGGGAAUGAUGAACGAAAUGAUGAAUAGCCCCAUCUUUCAGGAAUACAUGAGCGAUCCCGCGAAGCUCGAAGAGUCCCGGCAGAUGAUUCUCAACAAUCCGAUGCUUAAAUCGAUGAUGGCCGGCAUGCCGGGAAUGGAAGACAUCCUCAACGAUCCCGAGGCUUGGCGAGAAGCCAUGCAAGCAGCAGCCAGCCUCUACAAGAAUAUGGAUAAGAACCAACUGACACAAGCAAUGAUGGGAAUGGGUGGUAUGGGCGGUGGUAUGCCAGAUUUUGGUGGAAACAUGUUUGAUGGCACUCUGGACAAUUCAGCCGCCGCAGCGGCACUGGACGAGCUGGACGAAGACGACUAAAUCUUUUUCCGAUAAAUACUACAACAUUCACACACUCAUACAUAUACACAUACAUUUAUUCCUGCAUUGUCUCC